ACUAAAAAAUCAAUAGUUCAGUUGCCACAUGGUUGGUAUCCAUUAACCCUAUUCUGUAGCAAUAAUUGCACCACAGUCUACAUACAAAUACAGGGUUUAAGUAAGUGAUCGAUGAGGUUGGGCCACCAUUUGAAGCGUUCACUUGGAUGGGUUGAAGAGUUCAAAGUGAAAUGGAAUUUCUAGGUGUUGCAUGGGGAAAUUUUUUACAUUUUAACUUGUAUCUAUAAUCUUUCCACUUCAGAAGUCUGAGAGAUUAAAGUAAAACGGACUUUACAAUUUCAUCAACUUGUUUAGAUAAUUUUUUUGAUCUAGGACGACUAUUAGGCAGGCAGACUUUUUUCUUCGUUUGAGCCCCCCUGCCUAGGUAGAGAAAGAGAUAGAUGUGCUGUGACAAAUAGGAUGUGGAUUAUUUGGACCCAGUUAGUUGAGCUAAACGUUGAUUGACUGGCAUUGGAAGAGUAUCACUUACGGAAGCUUCUCUUUGACGAAACUUCACAUCCCAGUUCGUUAAAGUCCUUCAAUGAAAUCAUCAUUCCUGAUGAGAGACUAAACCAUUUCAUCCAUUCUUCUCCAUUUGAUAGCUCUAAAUUUACAUACCCCUGUAAAAAAAAGAUGCCUACCAGUCCCUCCAAAACCUUGCUUCUAGUUUUGACAUUCAUAGCAACAGUUCUAAUCCAACCACUGAUUAUUUCAUGUGAUGAUGAUGAUGAUGAUGAGGAUAAAUAUUUGAACUGCUACUCAUCAUUGAACUGCUUCAGAUAUUCAAAUCUCGGUUAUCCUUUUUGGGGUCCGAAUCGGCCUGAUUACUGCGGCCAUCCAAGUUUUAAGUUGACCUGCGAAGAUGAAGCUGUAAAAAUCGAAAUCGAGUCCACCACCUAUCGAGUUCUCGAGAUUGACACCAACACACAGGCUUUGACGGUAGCUAGAAUAGAGAACAAUACUUGUCCACGGUACUUGAAAAACAGCACGUUUGACUCGAACAUCUUCUACUACAGCUCAAACACUCAACCCCUAAAGCUACUGUAUGACUGUUCAUCCUUGCCGCCUAAGCUUCCUGGAAGGUUUAGUUGCAAUAUAAACAGUACAUAUUAUGUUAACCUCAUCGUAACACAGGAUACCGAUAGUGAUACCUUAAACAACGUGAGAUGCAACCAUGGUGUUGAUGUUGCAAUCUCUCAAUCAGAGAUGCAAACUCUAAAGAGCAAGCCAAGUGCGGAUAAUCUAAUAAAAGCUCUCGAAACUGGAUUUGAGUUGCAAUGGAGGAUAGACAAUAGCUUGUGUUACCAGUGUCAAAACUCGGGUGGCCAGUGUGGUUCGAAACCAAGUUUGGGUGAAUUCGCUUGCUAUUGUUUGGAUGGAGCCUUUAAAACCACUUGUGGAUCAACACCUUCAGACGACUCAAAGAAGUCCAAGAAGGAAAAAGUGAAACCCCUUAUCAUUGGUGUUUCAAUUGGAGGAGCAUGUUUGGCUGCAACAAUUAUAGGAUGCUGCAUCUUUCUUUGUUUUCGGAAAAAGAAGAAGCAAUAUCCAAUUGGAUCUGUAAGCAAAGAAGCUGGGCCUUCUCCUCGUGUUUCUGAUUCUACUUCAAACAAAGAUUUGCCUCCUGCUCCUCUUUUGAAUUCCUUUCAGAGUCAGAGCAUUCCUUCUUAUCCCUCUUCCAAAUCUGAUAUCGAAACACCUACCACCACCAACCAUGCCAUUCGAGUAUUCAAUUAUGCUGAACUUGAAACAGCUACCAAUAAGUUUGACCGUUCUCGAGAGCUUGGCGAUGGAGGAUUUGGCACUGUUUACUAUGGGAAGCUUGUUGAUGGGCGUGAAGUUGCUGUGAAGCGUCUAUAUGAACAUAAUUGCAAACGAGUGGAACAGUUCAUGAAUGAGGUGGACAUCCUUGCUCAUUUACAACACGAUAACCUUGUGAAACUCUAUGGCUGCACGUCCAGAUAUAGCCAAGGCCUUCUCCUUGUAUAUGAAUACAUUCCCAAUGGAACCGUAGCCGACCAUCUCCACGGAUCACGGAUGAAAUUGGGUUUGCUUAGUUGGCCAAUUCGGUUGCGGAUCGCCAUUGAAACAGCAAAUGCACUCAUGUACCUCCACCAUUCAGAAAUCAUCCAUCGCGAUGUCAAAACCACUAACAUUCUCCUUGACAACAACUUCACUGUCAAAGUGGCUGAUUUUGGCCUCUCAAGGCUGUUCCCUACGGAUGUAACUCAUGUGUCCACUGCCCCACAAGGCACACCAGGCUAUGUUGAUCCCGAAUACUAUCAAUGUUAUCAACUAACAACUAAGAGCGAUGUAUAUAGCUUUGGAGUUGUUUUGAUUGAGCUUAUAUCUUCGCUAAGAGCAGUCGACACAGAUAGGACGCGACAUGAUAUCAACUUAAGCAAUAUGGCAAUCAGUAAAAUACGAAGCCAAGCAUUGGAUGAAUUGGUCGAUCCAAAGCUCGGUUUCAACGAGAAUCAUGAAGUUAGGAGUGCAACAACAUCAGUUGCAGAGUUGGCUUUUCUCUGCCUUCAACAGGAAAGGGACUUGAGGCCUACAAUGGACGAAGUGGUGGAGGUACUAAGAAAGAUUGAGAAUGAAAAAUCCAAUUCUGAGAUGGCUAAAGUUAUCGAUAUAGGAGUGGUUGGAGACGAUAUCGAGCUCAUAAAGAAAGCACCACCCUCAUUUUCGCCAAAUUCGGUCAUAGCUAACAACUGGGUUAGCAGCUCAACCACCACAGGUUCCUUGUGAAUUGAGAUCUAUACUUCUUUUUGUAUCUUCAUAGGGUCUCAUAUUUUGAUAGCAUAUUGUGUAUGAUUAUUGAGUAGUUUGUUUAUAGUAGAAACUGUAAUUUGCCUUCUUUUAUAUAUGCAUUGCCUUCAUUUUGGAUUAAGAUUUGAUUGUGAUGUAAUUAUGUUUGUCAACAAAACUACACAUUUAAUAUUCCAACCUAUUUAAUCUCUAGACUCUAAA